AUGUCGUUCAUGGACUUCGACCUCCCCAUUCCGCUCGAGAUGCAGGCCGACUCGUUGGACAUGUGGGGAUGGCCCAUGAAGACCGUCAAGAUAGAAGUGAGGGAAGCUAUUCAGCUGGGAUACAAGUUCAUGCCAAGGCGUGCUCCCAUGAUCUCUGGAUUGAACGAAACCGGUCCGACCCCUCCUUCCUCUCUGCCUCCUCAUCCGCUCAUGACCGUCUCGUCCACCUUCCAGACCGACCCUUCCCCACUCGAACACUACAACGGCGGCCUCCCAAUCCUCGACCUCUCGUACAACCCGCUUCCUCCGGUCCAAGAGGACGUCGAGCUCGAAGGCGAGGUACCGGAUAUCUGGGUCAACUCUCAGACGUCCGUCGCUGAGCAGGCUUCUUCGACUACUCCUGACUUUAUCCCACUCGUUCAUCCCAAAGCCACCGUAUUCACUCCCCCAGCACCCAAGCCCUUCUGCCUAGCCCGCCUGGACAAAGGCCUGGUUGAGCCGGAAGAGCAGUCUCCGCCCGCUCUCGAGCCCGACUCGGCCGAUACUUCCUUCUCCACCCUCGGACCUCAGACUCCUUCUUCUUCCCAAAGCUAUACAAUGGGCGAUCUCGACGGAGCCGCAUGCGAGAUCCCCCGUCCGACACCUCCCUCUAACUCACCCUCUCCAACCCCAGUCCUGGCCGACCCUUUCCUUCCGUCGACCAGCACGCCCGCAGUCGCUUCCCCUGCGCCGCAUGUUGAGGCCGAGGAUCAGACGAGCACCCUCGCCGUCGACGUGGAGGCGCAGUCGCCCCCGCUCGCCAAACGGAUGAGUCCCAAGCCGGCAUACAUCGACUACAAUCCCUCUCGCUCGGUCCGGCGGACAAAGAGUGGCACACACGACGCGUCGCCUGCACGAGCGCGUACUUUCCUGACGCAACGGAUGGGCACGCCGUUCCCAGAUCGAGAUGCUCACCAAUCUUCCUCCCCAUCGCCCGCCAUACGCGCUAAUAUCCCUCGGCGACGCGGCGCACCCAAAUCGUCUUUGGACAUUUUCGCUGAAAUCGCUUCCUCGCGACAGCCUUCGGCCACGUCCGGCAUGCCUAGUGAGAAUGAAGAAUCGGACUCGGAGGACGUCGAGAACGUCUUGAGGGUGGCCGAGGAGAAGGAGCCGGAUGACGAGGUGGUCAUGGGUGUGGAUGAUAAGCGGGGCAUCAUGGAGCAACGCGCGCUGUCCCCUCGCUCGCCAUUCCUCGAGCAGCUGUCAGUGAUUAUGAACCGAAGCGACGUCCGACCACCGGCUACUCCUGUCCCUAUCUCCAAGCGCAGCCUGCGCUCAUCGGGGCCACUCGCGCCAAUCGACACCAUCCCGCCGAGCGAGAUACCUGGAUCGGAACACAUUAGUCCGGCCAAGACAGCCACUUCGGACGACACGACCGAGAGCGAGACUACGCCAGCGGAGGAUAGCCGCCAGAAGAGGUACGAUGAAAGGCAGGCAAAGCGGUCGAGGGACGCCGAGGAGGUCGAGCUCGAAGCAAAGCACACUGAAUGUGAUGAGGAGGGAUUCACUCCGGGUUCGGGUGGACCGCGGAAGGCGGCUAGCGCAAAGUUGAAGCAGCGCCUCAUGGACGGCACCUCCACGUUUGACAGACUUUCCAGCGUUACCAGCUCCAUCCGCGGCAGGCUUCCUUCCGUGGCGCGCCCCCUGCCGGCGGAUACUAUCUCAUCGUUGUCGAUCGUGCUGGACGAGGGAAUGUCGGUUGGCGGGUCCAGCGCGACUUCGACGAGACUGGAGUCUAUACCCUCCGGCUCCCUUGUCUGCAUCAUGCAAGACACCCCAGCUCCCCCGGGCAAGGGCAAAACCAAGCCCAGCAAUGCGCCCCCGCCGCGGCCGCUCAAGCUCCUCAAGAGCACUUCCAGCUUCAUCGCUCCAAAGCCGAUCAAGAAGGCUACGAACGAGCAGCCGCCAUUGCCCUCUAAGCCAGACUACAGCGACCGAUCCAUGAGGAGCAACAAGAGGAAGCAGGGUGCGGAUGCUGCUCAUCCUAUCGAUGUCGAGGCAGAAGUGGCGCCGAAGCAGAAGAAGCCUAAGCCGAUGAUCAAAACACCACUCGUGAUCCGUACUCCGAUCGAAGCUCUCAGCCAGCCCAUCGACCAAUACACCUCGAUCGGAGAAGCCGCCAAGCUCCGGAGGGCCAGCAAAGAAGCCACUACAUCUCGGUCGUCCACCGGCGGGUCAUCCUCCGGCGUAGCUUCCGCUCCUGCCCUCGUCUCCAACUCGACAAGGAGCCACUCUUCCAAGGUCAAUCCUAAUCUUACCGCUCCCAAGAAGGUCGCUUCCAAGACCCGUCCAACGGUCCCCGCUUCCCCCAUAACCCUGCCACCCGUUCCCACCGACUAUGAUGACGAACUGGAUGCGGAAGGGGAGCCGGACGAUGAGCUUGCCGGACCUAUUCAAGAAGAUGAGGCAGAGGAGGUACAGGAACAGGAGAGCGAGGGCAAAGAAAAGGCAGGGAGGGGUUACACUGCCGCAGAGAAACAAAUUCUGCUGGCUAGCUGGGAUGGAUUCUCGGCGCUAAACAAGUCGGUCCAAGAGGCAGCUGCGCGGGCCCUUGUCGAUGCCGGUUUUGCCAAACGAAGCCCGAAGGCCCUCAGAUGGUACAUGGCAAAUACCAUGAAGGAAGAUUUCAAGAAGAAACACCAGGCUUCGCUUGCUCGGAAAGCGAAAUCAGGACGAACGCGGAACUGA